GUCGUCCCCUCUCUCUCUCUACGAGCGCUUCCUUCUCUCUCUAAAAACUUCGAAGCCAGCAGAGCAGAGUUCCUUCUUCGAUCUCCACUUCGCACUCCAUCCGUCACGAGAUCCAGCCUCUUCAACUGCUCCACUCCUUUCGUUUCACUGCUUCGAGCGCGGUUCGACCCUAUCUAAGUCGGCUUCGAGCUUCGAUUUCACUCGAGUUUCCAAUCUAGGGUUAAACUGCUCGGCUGCUGGGUAUUGUAUUUUUUGCCAAUUCGUACGGAAAUUACUUUCGGUUAAUGGUAUUUAUCUUCCCUCUGGAGUCCGUUUUGCUGAGUUGUUUCUCUCUUUACGACUCGAGGACGAGUUUUGAGCCCCGAUUUUAAGAACGGUUAUUGGAUUGAAGUGUAUAGCACAGAAGUCAUCUUCGAAACAAUUUUACUGUGGAUGAUGGCAAAGAAGGGUAGAUUACCUGGAUGGGGCUCUUCUGGUUUUGGUCCUACUUAUGUAUCGGAAGGGUCUGGUAGCUCGGGACAAGUUGAUGCGGAGAUAUUCGUUUCUGAGGGUUCAAGUGCUCCGAUGAGGAAGUGCAUUAGUCUAAAUUACCCCAUGCAUGAUGGUUUUGCCGUCCCUAUACAAGCCCUCCCUUUAUCGAAAAUGUCAUCUUCUCAAAGAAAGGACCUAGUACUACGAUUGAGAGAUGAACUUGAAAGGAUUCGGAGUCUCCAGAAGAGAGUUGAGAUGCAAAGAACAAAUGUUGUUGCAGUCUCAUCAUCAAGUGAUAUUCUCAGUUGUAGCAAUCCACAAAAUGGGCCUUCAGUAGAGAAUUUAAAGAAAUCAUCGGGCUUGACUUCUGGAUCAGGGAGAAAAGCAAAUCCCACAGACCCCAAAAGGCACGGUUGGAAUCGUAGUACUUCAGGAAAGUUUGAAUCUGCAAGUCAGACAUCGGUAGCACCUAGCGCUUUGAAUGCAAUCGUGAUGAAACAGUGCGAUGGAUUGUUGAAAAAGUUAAUGGAACAUCAGCAUGGUUGGGUCUUUAAUACUCCUGUUGAUGUGGUGAAGUUUAAUAUUCCUGAUUAUUUCACUGUUAUAAAGAAUCCAAUGGAUUUGGGGACAAUAAAAAGUAAGAUUGCUUCAGGUGAAUACUCAAGUCCACUGGACUUUGCGGCUGACGUCAGGCUUACUUUCUCCAAUGCCAUGGCCUACAAUCAACCUGGAAAUGAUGUCCACUUCAUGGCUGAUACUCUUUGUAAGUUUUUCGAGGUUAGAUGGAAAGUUAUUGAGAAGAAACUUACGAAGACUUCCCAGCCAUCUCUAGAGAAAUCAAGCGUACGUGAAGGAAAGGAGGCAAUCAAGUCCCUGCCUCCAUCGAAAAGGAGAAAAAUUGUUACCGUACCCCAAGAAGUUAUGCCACAUCCUGUAAAGCGAACAAUGACAGAGGAGGAGAAACAUAAGUUAAGUAGAGAUUUGGAGGCAUCACUAGGAGAUUUGCCGGACAAGAUUGUUGAGUUUCUGAAAGAACAGUUUUCAAACGGAAUGGAUGGUGGAGAGGAUGAGAUUGAAAUUGAUAUUGACAAUCUCAGUAGUGAUGCAUUGUUCACGUUACAGAAGCUUCUAGAUGACCAUUUACAAGAUAAACAAGAGAACAAGACAACAGCUGAACCUUGUGAAAUAGAGGUACUAAACGACUCAGGGCCUAGCAAUUCGUCCUUGCAAUUGUGCAAAGGGAAUGACCCUGCCGAUGAUGAGGUUGAUAUUGGUGGGAAUGAGCCUCCUGUAUCAAGCUAUCCUCCGGUAGAGAUUGAAAAAGAUGAAGGUCACAGAAGCAACAAUUGUCUCAGUCCAGGAAGGUCCAGGGGCAGUUCCGAUUCUGAAAGUGAAUCAGACGGUGCCAAGGCUUCUACCUCGGGAAAACAACCAAAGGAAAACUCAGGUCCUGGAGAACAUUUAGAUGAAAAGACAGAGUCUGUGAGUGGGCUGGAUCAACUAGAACAGAUUUUCCAGAAGCCAAACUCCGUCGAGUCAGAUGGCCAUCAUGAUGGUGAGAGUGCUCUAAACGAGAGGCAACUUUCACCAGAUAAGCUCUACAGGGCUGCUGUUUUGAGAAGCCGGUUUGCUGAUACCAUAUUAAAAGCUCGAGAAAAGACACUUAACGAGGGCGAAAAAGGGGAUCCAGAGAAACUACGCCGUGAGAGGGAAGAACUUGAAAUGCAGAAAAGGAAAGAGAAGGCGAGACUGCAAGCUGAAGCGAAGGCUGCUGAAGAUGCUCGAAGGCGAGCAGAAGCCAAAGUGGAAGCGGAAGCCAAACGAAAGCGAGAGCUUGAGAGAGAAGCAGCUCGGCAGGCUCUACAGAAGAUGGAAAAGACAAUAGAAAUCAACGAGAAUUCCAGGUUUCUUAAAGACUUGGAGUUGUUAAGUGCUGUCCCUCCCGAACAAUUGCCAAGCCUGGAUGAGACAAGCCCGGAUCACUCUCAAGAUGGAUUAGGCAGUUUCAAGUUUGGGGGCAGUAAUCCAUUGGAACAACUUGGAUUAUACAUGAAAUUGGAUGAAGAGGAGGAAGAAGGUGAGCCACCUAGUGUGCCAAUUAUCGCGGAGGAUGUAGAAAUCGCGGAGGAUGUAGAGGAAGGUGAGAUUGAUUAAUUCUUCGCUGUUUUGUUUCUCCAUGAGUCAUGGAGCAAGAAAACGAUGCGAAUAUGACUGUUGUGUGAUUAUUUAUAAGAACAGAAAAAAACAAAAAAACAAA